AUGUCCGAGGUGCAGCAUCAAAUCAAUAGUCGACAGACGAGUUCAUCCUCAUUUUCGGGUAACGCUCUUGUUGCCCUCGAUCGAAUUGAUACGAGUAAUACAGCUGGUUUUGUUAAAUCUGGUCAGUUUUUUAAUAUUUAAAAAAUACUCAAUAAUUACGAAGUUUAAAUUGUUAAAUAGAGUAGAUUUUAUACGGUACAAAUGCAAAAAAUUGUUCGAAAUAAAAUUCCGCGUGACCUCAGCGAUUUUUUCCACGUAUCAAUUUUCAGUAAUUGGAGGCACCUCGUUAGUCACAUUUUUGCUUGGCCUUCGAAGUGCUUGGAAACAUUCCAGACAACCAGAAGCUGCCGAUCUUGCCAAGGCUCAGGUGAGAUUAGGAAAAAUUGUUCCUAUUUCCGAAAUAACCUAUUUUAGUUAUUCUCCGGUGCUGCAUUUGCUGGAAAAGCAUUAGCUGUUGCCACUGUUCUUACUGGUAUGUUUCAAUGUUUUCUUUCUAUAUUUUCUUAUGGGGUGAUUCAGGUCGAAAAAAAAACUAAAAAAAAAACAUUUUUUUACAAAAAAAUUCGAUUCAGCAAAUGUCAAAAAACUAUAUUUUUUUCCACACAAAAAUGAGAGAUAUCUCGCAGCGAAAAUGUUUCAAUGAAAAAAAAUGUCAAAAAAUGUCGAGAAAUAGAAAAAAAAUAUAGUUUUUUGACAUUUGCUGAAUCGAAUUUUUUUGUAAAAAAACGUUUUUUUUUUAGUUUUUUUUUCGACCUGAAUCACCCCAUUAUAAUAUCCGUUAUUUUUAUAGUUUCUGGAUUCACUUUAAUAAUUGUCGGUGUUUCGGCAGUUCUUCAAGUAAAUACACCUCGCCAAUUUGGCGCGGCAAUGAAAACUGCAUUUGGCGAUAGUUUACGUUUACCUGAAAGUGCAAAUUCGCAAACCUUCGAAGAAUUUAUCAAAAGUAUUGAAACAAAAACGGGUAUUGAAGAAGAAAAAGACAAAACUAAACAAUAAUAAGGUGAGUAUUUAUUGAUUUUUUGUUAUUUUUAACAAUGAUUAUUUAUGUCAGAAACAAGUUAUUGGUUUAGAUAAAUAAUCAAUUUCGAAAGUGCAAAAUUUUAUUUUUUCAGAUAAACACAAAACGAAGAAAAUGUUAUCGAUAG